CGGCAGGGCGGGGCUGCGGGCGGAAGGCUCCGCGAGGAGCGGGUGGGGGCGGUGCCGCGGCUGGGGGUGCUGCUGGAGCCGUCCCGGGCUGAUCCCGCCUUACCGUGCGCGGGGGCCGCGAUGGCUCCCCCCAGGAAAGGUGACUUGAGCGCGGAGGAGAAGGACUUGCUGGCAGUGAUCGCCACAGGAAACACCGAGGAGGCUGGAAGGCUACUGGGGAGCAAGAAUGUCCGUGUCAAUUGCCUGGAUGAGCAUGGCAUGACCCCUCUGAUGCACGCAGCUUACAAAGGGAAGGUGGACAUGUGCAGAUUGCUCUUGAGACACGGAGCUGAUGUAAACUGCAAUGAACAUGAGCAUGGAUACACUGCCUUGAUGUUUGCUGGACUUUCAGGAAAUAAAGAAAUCACCUGGAUGAUGUUAGAGGCUGGAGCAGAAACUGAUGUUGUCAACUCUGUGGGAAGGACAGCAGCUCAGAUGGCUGCUUUUGUGGGUCAACAUGACUGUGUGACUGUCAUCAACAACUUCUUUCCACGUGAAAGGCUGGAUUACUAUACUAAACCACAAGGCUUAGACAAAGAACCAAAACUGCCAGUAAAAUUAGCUGGGCCUCUGCAUAAAAUUAUUACUACUACCAACAUGCAUCCUGUUAAGAUCGUGUUGCUGGUGAAAGAGAACCCUCUGUUGGCCGAAGUAGAAGCACUGCAGAAAUGUUACAGGGUUCUGGAUCUCAUCUGUGAGAAAUGCAUGAAGCAGAAAGACAUGAAUGAAGUUCUUGCUAUGAAAAUGCACUACAUCAGUUGCAUCUUCCAGAAAUGUAUUACAUUUUUAAAAGAGCGAGAGGAUAAACUAGAUGGAUUUAUCAAAAGCCUCUUGAAAGGGAGAGAUAAAGAUGGUUUCCCUGUGUAUCAAGAGAAGCUAAUUCGAGAAAGUAUCCGGAAGUUUCCUUACUGUGAAGCUACGUUGCUCCAGCAGCUUGUGAGAAGUAUUGCUCCUGUUGAAAUAGGCUCUGACCCCACAGCUUUUUCUGUGCUUACACAAGCGAUUACUGGCCAAGUGGGUUUUGUGGAUGCUGAAUUCUGUACAACUUGUGGGGGAAAGGGAGCAGACAAAAGAUGCUCAGUAUGUAAAAUGGUGAUGUACUGUGACCAGAACUGCCAGAAAAUACACUGGUUUACCCACAAAAAAGUCUGCAAGACUCUGAAGGAAAUUCACGAGAAACAAGAACUAGAAGCUGCCAAAGAAAAAAGGAAACAAGAAAAGAAGCAAAAGAAAGAUGAAAUGCAGCUAGUAGAGGGUAGUUCUACAAGUGAACAACAGUCAGAUUCUGGUCCAGAUCCUACAAAAGAAGUGGAUCCAAAUCAUCCUACUGAUGGAACAGAAGAACCUGAAUUUUCCAAAGAGAUGGAGGCACUAGCCCUGCAACCUGAAAGUCCACCGGAAAGUGAAACCGCUUUAGAUGACAUUGAUCCUCAAAAAAUUCAAGAUUCUGAGGAGUAAGAAGAGGGUAGGAAGGGACUGAGAGUUCUCAAGGGCCACCGGACAACCUCAUCUCCGACCUGCUUCCAACAGGAAGGUUGGACUAAAUAAGCUCCAGAGAUCCUGCCAACACAGACUGUCCUGUGGCUCUGUGCUAACUUAGGAGAGAAGGAAGGAACUCAGAAGACAAGCUACAACCUGAAAGAAGGGCUUUGAUACGUUUAGAAAGCAUCAUUGACUUUAAGGGUUGACAGAAUGGAAGGAGAAAUAUGUGAGGAAGUGUAUUAUAAGAAAUAAAAGUAUUUAUCCUUAGUUUCCUAAAAGGUUUAAUACUUUCGGAUAACAAAAUUAUGGUAAGAAUUGCAUUUCAAACAACUUUUAUUAUAACAUUGCCACUAUUUAUCAUUUGUUAUCUUAAUUUCUUCACUCUCUAUACUACAUAUGAUAAAAGAAAUGUUACACUAACUUUUUUUUUCUGGAAAUUCGCUUAAUUAGAUGUGUGUUGUUGUGUACUUGUUUUACUGAGCUGUUAACCUACUUAUGGGGUAAACAUUAGAGAGAGAAAAUGUUUUUCUCAUCUAAACUGGACUGUCAGCUUCUGAAAGGGCUCUUCUGCUUUGUU